CUCGACGACCUCGUGCAGAUGGACCAGGUGAACCACCCGGCGAUCAUCGACACGCUGAGGCGCCGCUACCGGUCCGACAAGAUCUACACGGGCAUCGCCGACAUCCUCGUGGCCAUGAACCCCUUCAAGUGGCUCCCCGUCUACACGCCGGCCCACGUCACGGAGUACGCCAAGGGCGACCAGGAGGCGCCGCCGCACCCCUUCAAGACGACGAUGAACGCGUACAACGGCCUCCGCGAGUCGCGGUGCGCGCAGGCCAUCCUCAUCUCCGGCGAGUCCGGCGCGGGCAAGACGGAGACGACGAAGCAGUGCCUCAAGAUGCUCAGCGAGUGCGCUGGCGGCGGGCGGAAG